GGUGCCCCUGUCUCACCUGCAGGGUCUCUCUACGUGCUCAGCGAGGCACAUCCUACGUCGGGGCGGCAGCAGUGGAUGACGUGGAGUUUGUGGGCUGUGCUCCUCCCACACUGCCUCCUGAGGGCAUGUCAUGUGAUGAGCUGGGCAAGGACAUGUGCGCAUCUGGGGCAUGCAUUGAGAAGGACAAGGUCUGUGACAACUCCAAUGACUGUUUUGACCUGUCUGAUGAAAGCACCUCUGUGUGCGUCCUCUACAAGCACCGCUGCACCUUUGAAUACGGCUCCUGUGCAGACUGGACGCAGGACAUUGACAGCACUGCCAGCUGGGUGGUGCACAAAGCCUCCCCGGAUACUAUUGGGUCACUGCCCGCCCUUGACCACACCACUACUACAGUUGAAGGACACUUCCUGAAGCUUGAUGGCAGCAAUGGGUCUGUGUCUGGCCUGCACUCCCCAGUCCUGAAGGGCAGCAGCAAGGACUGUUUCUUCAGGAUGUGGUAUCAGGUUCUUGGUGACGUGCCGGACAUCGUUAGGAUUUACAAACGCUACUCCUACUACGAGGGAGGGCGUCAGUUGCUGGCCCAGAUAGAGAGCUCUGUGCGGGGAGUCUGGCUGAAGGUCAACAUUCCAGUCUCAAACACAACUGCCAUGGAGCGUCACCAGAUUGUUGUGGAAGGCACAAUUGUCCAGGAAAACUCCGGCCACAUGGUCCUGGAUGACUUCUCCAUGACUCCAACCUGUGAGACAUCGGCAAACCAGAAGCUUCCUGGAGAGGACCAGCUCACCACACCCUCACCACUGUGUCCCUCGGGCCAGCUUCAGUGCGACAACGGCAAUUGCUACAACCCCAUCGAGUCUUGCAACUUUAUGAAUGACUGUGGAGAUAGGACGGAUGAAAAACUCUGCAGCAAGAGUUGUGACUUUGAGGAAGGCGACUUGUGUGGGUGGUACGAGAGCAGCGGCAGCUCCAGCCACUGGGCCAUCUCAGGCUUCCCGGCCACUGAUCCAGGACCAGAGAGUGACCACUCCUACAGCACCAACACUCAUGACCUCAGCACGGCAAAGGACCAGGGUGCUGGAGGACAAGUGGCAAUCUUAGAGACUUACACCUUAUCCACGGUGGGCGCCCACUGCACCUUGUCCUUCUGGACCUAUGUGGGCUAUGAAGAGGACCCAACAACGCUGGUCCUCACCAGGAAGACAGAGGAGGAUGCAGCCAGUGGGAAACCAGCAGAGACCCUUUGGUCAGCAACAAGCAGUGGUUCUUGGAUAAAAGAAAACAUAAAAAUCUCUGGCAAGAGGGACUUUACUCUUCACUUCAUGGCCACACACAGCAGAGGGAAGACAUAUAUUGCAGUAGAUGACCUUCAGUUCCGCCUUUGUGAGCCUGGUGACGAGUGCCAGGCCAGCACAGACUUCCAGUGUGCCGACGGACACUGCAUCCCACGCCAGUAUUAUUGUGAUGCCAAAUAUGACUGUGUGGACAAAAGUGAUGAGUACCAGUGCCCAGCUAUAAAGGGGAACUGCAACUUUGAUUCAGCGACUUGGACAGAAGAAUGCAGCUACAAACAGCGAUCAGACGAUGACCUGGAGUGGCAGUGGGCCAGCUCCUCAGGACAGCCAGCCACCGGCCCUCAGCAUGACCACACCCUGGGCUCCAAUGGACACUAUGUGUAUGUGUCCAGCUCCGAGGGCCAGCCUGGACUCCUGGCAACACUGCAGACAUUGGACGAGUACCCGCCCUCACAGGGCAUCUGCUACCUGCGGCUGUGGCACUACAUGCACACUGACCUCAGCGCGGAGAAUGUGGACAUAGGAGCUCUGAGGGUGUACUUGGCAGACAAGUUCAACAGGAGGUACCUUGUUGCCUCCGUCAGCGGCAAUAAUGGCGAAGAGUGGGAGGAGCUGGUCAUCCUGGUCAACAUGGAACUUGACUAUUUUGUCCUGCUGGAGGCUGAAACAGGAACUUCAAAAUACACCUACAUAGCCGUUGAUGAUGUGUCUCUCACUGAGGAAUGUGAGACUGGAGUAGGACCUCCCCCUGCAAACAGCACCUGUGACACCGACCAGCGAGCCUGUGAGUCCGGGGAGUGUGUGGGAGAGGCCUUCUUCUGUGACUGCUUUACGGACUGCACAGACGGAUCAGAUGAAUGGGACUGCGGCAGUACAUGCACCACACUGGCCACCCGAACCUCCACCAGCACCACCUCCACCAUCACCACCACCAGCACACAGAACCCUGAUACCUGCAGCAAGACAGAGUUCCCUUGUGGGGACAGCGAGCACACCUGCAUCCCGGGCCUCCUCCUCUGUGACACUGUUCCUGACUGUCCCAAUGACGCUGAUGAAUCCCAGUGCCCAGACAAUGCCCAGUGUGAUGUUGGCUUCUUUUACUGUGGAGACCCAUUCAUGUCUGGCCACCCAUGCAUGAGAGUGGACUAUGAGUGUGACGGGAUUACUGAGUGUUCCACAUACAGUGCUGAUGAAUCUCUGUGUGGAAGCUGCCCUGACAGCUACUGCCAGAACGGUGGACUUUGUGCAACGGAUGGGAAAGGAGAGCGUCCAACCUGCAAUUGUCCAAGCGAAUACACUGGCAAUCGCUGUGAGAGACUUGCCACAGCCUCCACCACCAGUGUCACCCCCACCACCACCACCUCUCCUGAGGGACUCUCUGCAGGAGCUAUUACCGGCAUAGUAUUUGGGGUCCUGUUCGCCAUCAUCGUUGGCAUUGUGGGCUUCUUCUAUAUCAAGAACAAGAGAAGAGUGGUUGUGGAGCCGCCAGUGAGCAGCUCUUGGGAUGCUACUGAUCACCAGCACUACAUGGGGCCAGACCUGCCAAUCAUUCCAAGCAGAGAUGACAUCCCACUGGACACCCUCAAUGGCACCUCACACCUUGAUGACACUUCUGUCCCGGAGGCAAUCUCUAAUCCUGCCUUUGACCUGUAGUCCCCACAGGCCAAUUAUGUUCCAACAGAUAUUCAGGGCUUACUCUUAGUUCACCAGUAGUUAAGUUUGGUUUAGUAUUAGUGUUAUUCUUCCAUGUGAUGUAUGUGAUAGUUAGGACCGUGCUGCUGUGUGGGGUCAGGAAGGGCACCCAAUCUUGAGGUUUUUUUAGGCAAAUAAAAAUUAUGAAAAAAAUGCAACCUGACCUAGCUGACUCUUCUUUACAUGCUAAGUCAUAAAGUAAUAACCAUACAGUAAUAGCUAGCCCACUCCCUCGCUGGCCCAAGAUUUUCCUGACCCUGGUGGUAGCUUAUUUUACAAAGUUUCUGUACCAUGAAUGUGAAAAAAAUAUAAAAAGAACUCAUGAGAA